UCUGUCAAAGUUUACUAAAGUUUGAGGGCUUCUCUAUGAAUUUAUUUCCAGGUUUACAGAAACUUUUAUGGAGAAAACUUCAGGAGAGGUAGGGAAAAUGAAACACACCAGUUUUCUUUUCUCCACGAAGUCGGAACUUUUUCAAGGUAAAAAUACGUGUCACGAUGAAGUAAUUGUGGAAUCCUAUUGAUCUAACGAGGAUUAUGUCUCAGUAUUCUCGAAAAGACGGCUCUGCCAGUAACAGGACUAUCCCACAUACACGAAUUGAGGACGAAAGGCAGAUAGAAGACAUUUACGAAUUUGGAGAAGUGCUUGGAAGAGGGAGUUUUGGAGUUGUCAAAGAAGCGACAAACAAAGCAACGGGCAGUAGAUGGGCCAUUAAAGCUGUGAACAAGGAAAAGGCUGGUACUUCUGCUGUAAAACUUUUGGAAAGAGAAGUUCUCAUUAUGAAAAAAAUUGAUCAUAAGCAUUUGGUUCAUUUAGAAGAAAUAUACGAAACAUCAAAGCGCAUGUAUUUGGUGAUGGAAUUGUGUGAUGCCGGUGGUGUACAAAAACUUCUAGAGAAAAAGACCCGGCUUACAGAAAAGGAAACAUGGACAGUGAUAAACCAGCUUGCUCAUGCUGUGGCGUAUCUCCAUGACUGUGACAUUGUACAUCGAGAUUUAAAACUGGAAAAUAUUCUUCUUAGUCAACCUGUGGGUAAUGAGCUGUUAAAUAUCAAGCUUACUGAUUUUGGCCUUUCAUUUGUGAAAGGUGGUGUUGGAAGUGAUUCAAUGAUGCAAAGUGUUUGUGGCACUCCAAUUUACAUGGCUCCAGAGGUGAUAGAUGAUCUUGGCUAUAGUCAACAAUGUGAUAUUUGGAGUAUAGGUGUUAUAAUGUAUACCCUUCUAACUGGGAGACCACCAUUUGUGGCAGAAACUGAAGAAAAGCUUUAUGAAUUGAUAAAGAAAGGUGAAGUGGACUUUUCAGAUCCAUGCUGGGAAACAUGCCAUGAAUCUGCAAAAAACCUCCUUCUUGGAAUGCUUAAAGUUGAUCCAGCUUACAGACGGACAGCAAAAGAAAUCUUGAAUCACCCCUGGAUUACUGGUGAUUCUGAGGCAUCAGAACCAUCAAAUGUUCUUGAACUAAUGAAAAUGUACAGGGAAGAGCUCAGACAGGGCUCUGAAAGUCAAGAAAGUUCAGAGACCAAUAAUAAUAUUAAUUGUGAAAUGGAAGAUGGACUGGUGCCAUCUCCUGGUUCUUCUUUUGAAAGUCCCAAAGAGGAAAAUGACAGAAAACAGAGUAAUUCUGCAAAGGGUGCCUCUGCACUGAAAAAGUCAGUUCCCUCAAGUAGCAGGAAAUUGUCAAAUCAGACUCCACGUCGAGGAAACGCGACCAAUCAAAUGGGGCCUCCAUCACCCAGCCCACGAGAUGCCCACAGCCCAUCCAGGUCGCGUGACUCUCCUUCUGGUAGUGGCAAGUCAGUACCAGGCUACAUGCAGCCCACAAAAAGCUCAGGUGCUACCAAGGGGCCUGGGACUCCACGGACCAGAAAGACAUCGGAAAAGAAAAGAUGAUGUAACGAAGAGGACGAUUUAUUAGAUACUCUAUUUUUUUAAGAAUCCAUAGAGAAAAUAAUUUUUUGUUCUAUUUCAAUCAAAUUCCACAUUGAUUGUUCAAAUCAAGAUAGAUAAUCUUUGUUGUCAGAGGCCGGGAAUUUGACCCGUUGACUCUGUUCGAAAAUCGAUUUUCUCCUUGGUCAUGUCCAGUUAUUUUUUAGAAUGUCUUUUUCUAGAAAUUUGGCCUUUGAAGUGGGAGUUUGGUGUCUCAGGAGAUAGAUGUGUGUGGCACUUCCUGCUACGCAAGAUUGUGCGCGGGAAAAUUAUGUAGAGCAAAAAUUGUGUUCUGCAAGAAGCUACCAAGGAACAAGGCUGAUGGGAGGGGAGGGGGCAUUUAACAGUGUAGGGCUUUGAUGCAUUUUACUCGAGUCAAAGUUGGUCAGGUACUUUUCGCCGAUCAUUUUUCCCAUAUCUUGGAUAAAAAUCUAAGUGAUCGUUGUAUCACUUUUAGUUCCAAAAAAUAGUGCAUCAUAUCAGACUUCUCAGACAUCAAGAGUUAAUUCUUUCAUCGCUAAAACAGCAUUAUUUUUUGUUACUAUUUUGUUUUCUUUGUUCCUUAUCAGAAGUUUGAGACGCGUUUUUUUCAACGCAUCGAUUAUUUUAGUUAAGUCUUUCUUAGCGACAAAGUUGUUUUGAUUUACUAAAUUUUUUAGCUCAUUUCAGUAUUCGUCAGAAAGAUAAUAUAGGCAGGAACAAUUCAACCAAGUGUAUUUGCCGAGCUGUUACAUCACUCAAAAGAACAGUUGCACCUCGCUAUCUGAGACCUUCAAAAUUUUGUUUUCGAAAUUUCUCUCCAAGGAAUUGUCGACAACUUUUGUUGACUCCAACAACUUUAUGAUACUUCGGGAUAGUGAGACGAAACUGUUCAAACAGAUCACGCCACAUGGUGUCAUGAGUUGUACCAAAAUUUUAUAGAAGUUGAACUUUGAAACGAAAACGGGAACGCUUUGGACCCACGAUCACCCUUUCACUUGUGUAAGACACUUCAUUUGUGGAGUUCGUCGCUACUUUCAAACGGAUCGAUGUUGAGAUGCAAACACAACACAACUGUGGUAUGGCCAACUCGUGAUAAGCUCGGUGUUUGGGGCGGGUUGGUCUAUUUUCGCUGUAGUUACAGACUUAAAUAUUUAUAAAUAAUUGGUUUUACUGUAUUAGGAACUUGAAAGAAGAAACCCAGUUCUUAAACUAAUGUACAGAAUAUUGUUUCAAAGAAGAUUCUGUAAUUUAUAGGAAUUCCCAUUCGGCUCAUUUUACGCAGCCCAGUUUUAUUCAUUUUUGUCUUUCAAUCUCAAAUACUUGAAAUAUUGUAGUGUGAACAAUAGCAUAAUAAACUUCCAGGUCCACAAA